AUGUCUUCAGAGCAAGAACACAUCGCGGGGGAAUCGGGUAGACCUUCUACCUCCACCAGCCCCUUCCACCAGAAUUCUGUCCCAACUGUCGCCAGUGCAAGUACACAUCCAGAAUCGCUUCGGCCGUUGAAUCCAUCACAGCCGGACUUGCGUCAACGCACUGCGCCUCGUCCUAGUUUAAAGGCGGUCGGCCUGGUCGCAGUAGCAAUCAGACGGAUGAUGACCCCUCAGAAAAAGCUUGGGAAAGAGCCUACUUACCUGAGUAGUCUUCGCGCGAUUGUCACAGAAACGUAUCUAAGUAUUUUGCUUAUCUUUAUUCCAAUCGGUGGGCGCUACACUUCCAAACGCGACAGCUAUGUCGCUGUGUUUAUUACGAAUUUCUUGGCCAUCAUACCGCUCGCAAAGCUACUAGGAUUCGCAACAGAAGAACUCGCUCUGAGGGUGGGACAAACCAUUGGAGGCCUGCUUAAUGCAACAUUCGGAAAUGCUGUCGAGUUAAUCGUUGCAAUCGUCGCAUUGACACAGUGUCAACUGCGUGUUGUGCAAUCGUCACUCAUCGGAUCCAUUCUCAGUAAUCUCUUACUCGUACUCGGCAUGUGUUUCUUCGCCGGCGGAACGCGUUAUUCCGAACAAGGGUUCAUGGCUGGUGCUGCGCAACUGAACAGUUCGCUUCUCGCUAUUAGCGUUAUUGCCGUACUGUUACCAGCUGCAUUCCACUUUGCGACAAACCAGCAGGCUGACCCCGAUGAGGGCCUGGAUAUCUUGCGCAUGAGCCACGGAGUCGCAGUUGUGUUGCUUCUUAUUUAUGCGGGGUAUUUGUUCUUCCAGCUCUGGUCCCACGCGCACUUGUACGAUGAAGGCGAACAUGCCGGAUUUGCAGAGCCUUCUACUGCGUACCCCAACACUGGCAGGUCUCUCAAAGGACUCGCGAGGAGUGCUAUUCGCCGUAAAAAGGCCGACGAAGAGCAACCGGCAGAACCUUCCGAAGCAAAGGAGAAGGAGGAAGAAGUAGAAGAGCCCAAGUUGAAUGUUGUCAGUGCUGUCGCAUUGCUGGUUGUCAUCACGGUGCUUGUCGCUUUUACUGCCGAGUAUCUUGUCGACUCGAUCGAUGGAGUGACAGAAGGAGGCGCAAUAAGCAAAGAAUUUGUUGGUUUGAUUCUUCUUCCGAUUGUUGGAAACGCCGCGGAACACGUUACAGCUGUAACUGUCAGUGUUAAGGAUAAGCUUGAUCUUUCUAUUGGUGUGGCGGUUGGAUCUAGUAUUCAGAUUGCCUUAUUUGUCAUUCCACUUUUGGUUGUUAUUGCCUGGGGGAUGGGCAAGCCGCUAACUCUCCUGAACGAUCCCUUCGAGUCUGUGGUACUAUUCUUGUCAGUCCUGGUUGUCAACUACGUAGUUUCGGAUGGCAAAUCGAACUGGCUCGAGGGCUUCAUUCUAAUGAUGCUCUAUGUUAUCAUCGCAGUCUCGUUUUGGUACUACCCUGGAAGUAAUCCUCUCGCUGAUUUGGGCAGUUCGAUCAACCUUGGCGGAUGCAGCUUGGAGGCUGCUGGUUAA